AUGUCUCUAUAUCAAGUUUUGAGCAAUAAUUUUGAGAUGAGUGAACUGUAUACAUGUCCUGCCAACAUGUCGAAAAUAUUGGAGCCAAGACCGAUAAUUGGAUCCUAUUUCUUGGUAACUGGUACCCUGCUGAUCGUAAUCUAUCUACCUUGUUUCAUCGUAAUCAUCCGCUCGAAAUGUCGUACUCCAUCUUACAAACUCAUGUUACUUCUGGGUAUCUUCGAUAUUAUGUCCUUACUCAUCGACUCUGUGGCAACUGGAAUUCUUGCAAUCAUGGGCGCCUCAUUCUGUAAUUAUCCACUUCCUGUAUUCACUCUUGGAGCUCUUGCAAUGGGCUCUUGGAUAGGCUGUUGUGUGCCCAGUUACUAUCACAACAUGCUGCACACUACCAACAACCUCAUGGUAUCAGCUUCCACACCUCUCUAUAUUUACCUCUGCUACCAUUUGAUCUACAAAUUCGGUUACUCCACAUCCAUGUGGCUGUACAGAUCGAAACAGCAGAUCGUAAUCCAAGCAAUCAUCCUCUGUUUCUUCCACGCCGUCUCAGCUUACAUCUACGUCUAUAUGCAAUUCUUCCCAUCCCCACCUUGGCUCAUCCUCAUCGGACAACUCACCUGGCAAUGGAGUAAUGGAUGUGUUUGUUUUGCGUAUUGGACUCUAAACCGAACUAUUCGAAACUCUGCGAUCCUUAUGAUGUUCUCUAAAGAAACUCGUCAGAAAUAUGGUCUCCAUAUGGGAAUAGAUGAACAAAUUGCAGCAGAGCGUCAAGAAGGGACGGAAAGUGUUCCAAAUGUUUCUCCUGGCGCUGCCAACUCUGCGAAAGUGGCACCGUUCAUGGCUGAAUGGUGA